AUGGCCCGUUUCGUUGACAACCCAUCAUUCCCUGCUGGUCUAAGGGUUAUUGCCAUUGAUCAUGACAUCAUUGUUCUUAACACUAUUGAGGAUAUGUGUAAUCGAUAUCAUUAUCAAGUUACCAAAUGCAAUUCAGCUUCUGAUGCUUUGUACUUGUUGGAAAGAAAGGACUGUUAUGAUGUAAUGUUGAUUGAUGCUCAUAUGCCGAACAUGGAUGUCUAUGACUUUGUCCAAAAUGCUACCCUACAACUCAACAUUCCUGUUAUUAUGAUGGCUGUUGAUUCCACAAAAAGUUCUAUUAUGAAGUCUAUUGAAUCUGGGGCUUGCACAUAUUGGACUAAGCCUUUGGCUGAAGAAGAGGUCAAGAUCAUGUGGCAACAUGUUGUAAGAAACGGUUCGACUGAAAAUAAAUAUGAAAUUGUUGGAAGCUUGGUGGUUCAAGAAUGUAGAAAACGGGGUAGAGAAGAUGCUAAUGCCUCAAAAGAAACACUUGCAAAGAAGACCUGUUUGUCUUGGUCGCCAGAACUGCAUCAGCAGUUUCUAUGUGCAGUCAAUCAACUAGGCCUUGAUAAAGCAAGACCCAAAAUGAUUCUCAAAAUUAUGGAUGUUCCUGGUUUGAGAGUAGGACAUGUUGCUAGUCAUUUACAGAAAUAUAGGAUUCAUUUGAAAAGAUCGGCUGAUGAAACAAAACGUGGGAGGACAAAAUCAAAGUGGAGUGAUAGCUUUCAAGCCGAGUGGAUCGACAAGGUUCAUAGUUAUGACUUUCAAACUAAGUCGAUCGAUCAAGACCGGAAUGAUAACCUAAUUCAAACUGAGCUGGCUGAUCAAGACCGGAAUGACGACUUUCUAGCUGAGUGGAUUGACUGCGGGACGGGAUCCUACCUUCACAAUCUCAUGGCCUAA